AUGUCAGAUAAAUUUGUUCCAUAUCAUUUAUGUGAUAUUAACAAUACUCCAGCUCAUCUUGAUGACAAUCAAAAAUCGAAUUGGAUAAGUGCUGCAAAAAAAGGCGAAGAAAAAUUAUCAAUAUCAACAAUAGUAUCCAGCAUUUGAUAUACCAACAUCACUUUAUGAAAUUAUAUAUGCAAACAAAUAUACAACAACUAAAACAAUGCAAAAAUGAAUUGAUCAUGUACGAAAUUGUAAUGAAUUUACAUUUGAUACUGAAGGUGAAAAAUCAAUCAAACAAUUAACAUUAAUUCAUUUACAAAUUAAAUAAUUGUUUGAAUUAAUUUUUAAAUUUAGAAAUAACAUAUAUUCUUGGAGACC